UUUUAUUUUCUUCCAGAGUAAAUCAAAAUCCAACAUGGCUCGUGUGCUGUAGGAAGAAUUGUCCCGUUUGUUGUGCACAGCAUCCUUCUUCCUGCUCUGAUUACCGAUAUUCGCUCGCUUUACAAUAUGUUUGUAAUUUGCGAUCUCUGUCAGUGUGAAAUAUCGUCAGCUGACCUGUAUGACUACCACAUCAGUGGUAAACGUCACCAGAUCCAGCUGAGACGCUACCAGUCGAGGAGAGAUGAAGCAAUGCGCAGUGUGUAUGUCAGGGGAUUUCCCCCCUCCACACAGGAACAUGAAUUGCUGGCAUACUUCUCCAUGUUUGGACCAGUGUCAAAACUUGUAUAUGACGAGAAGAAAUCUAUGAAAACAAAAAUUCCGGCAUUUGCAAUUGUCGAAUUCAUGUCACCUGAUACAGCAAAAACGGUUGCUAGUUAUGGACAACAUGUCAUUAACAGCCAACGCAUAGAGAUCAAGCCACGCUCUUUUAAGGAAAUGCGAACAGAACCGUAUUUUCCAUGGCAGCGUCAAGAGAACAACAAAGAAAUGCCUUGGCAGAAGUACAACACCCUUCACGAAAAGCUUGCUGCAAAGAAUAUACAGAUGGGACCGUACGAGAGCUACACAACUCGGAAACCCCAAGGCAGGAAGGGGAAAGGCCCUCACCCUUCUAAGAUAGGCCGAGCUAAGGACUCCGAGGGCCAGGAAAUCGUGCCUAUACAAUUACAGGAGUAUCAGUCCUAUCUGACUGAACACCAGUGUGUAGGAAUUCAAACCCAGAUGAUGCUGUUAGUUGAGCUAACACAGGUGACAGCGGUAGAAUUCCAGUACCGAUAUACAAUAUGUAAAACUCUCGAGGAUGCUCUCACUCCCUUCUUCCCAGGGAUGACCGUGAAUCAGUUUGGGUCCUCAGUUAACGGCUUCGGGAUCAAAGGCUGCGAUAUGGACAUCUUCAUUGAUCUGAGCAAACUAGGAAUUCCCUGUCGAACUGGGUCUGUCAUGUUACCAUACACAAAGGAUCUGUACUCUCUGAAGAAGAAGGACAGGACUAAAGGUCCAUUGUCCCAGCAGGAGGUGAAUGGAAUGAGGAAUAUGGACAAACUGAAGUUGAUUCAGCGUAUCAUGACUGAGCAUGCUCCCUCGUGUCAGGAUACCACCAUCAUUCCAAGCCAGCGGUGUCCCAUCAUACGCUUCACUGAUUACAACUCCCAAAUCAAGUGUGACCUUUCCAUAAAUAACAAACUGGCCCUACAGAACACUCGAUUACUACAAACGUUUAGUUUGUACGAUGCUAGGAUCAAGCCCCUAGUGUACACCAUCAGGUACUGGGCCAAGAUUAAGGACAUAGCCGGGAAUCCUCAGGCCUCCAACAGGCUGUCUUCCUAUGCCCUAACCAUGCUGGUUAUAUACUACAUGAUGAACACCACCCCUCCCAUUCUCCCGCCCGUGGAGGAACUGGCCAGAAUGUGUGGCAGGGAGAGAACUAUUAUUGACCAAUGGGAUUGUUCAUUUGUAUCGGCUCAGUUUAUGCCCCCCACUACCAACAACCAGACCAUAGAGGAGUUACUACAUGGAUUCUUUCAGUACUUUGGUAAUUUUGAUUUUCUGGGAAACCCCAUGUCUGUUAGGACAGGAAAGCCUCUCACCAUGUCUCGGGCUGUGCUGGAAAAGACCCUGAAGGUUGGAGUAAUGAUUCUUCAGGAUCCUUUUGUCCUAGAUCAUAAUAUCACCCAGAAUGUUAAUCAGAAAAUGGUCGUCAAAGUCAUCAAGGAAAUGCGUUUAGCUGAGGCCAAAGCAAUGCAAUGGUUUGAUGUUGCUCAUGCCGAGUCAAAGAGUCUCAUGGACAUAUUAGGUGAGGAGGUGCCAGAGGGAUUUGAGAUCCCAAAAAUAAGACUAUCUCAAACGGUGUCACAGCUGGGUCCUUACCAGUUUGUUAUUGAUAUGAAUAUGGAGAAAAUUUCCCGUGCAGACUUUCAGACUCUGGAGGCCUCCGGAAACGUGAAUCUUUGCUGGUGUAAGAAGAUGAUGGUGUUCCUGUACCGAAUGAUAGAGAGAGUCUUGAUGUUCGACUGUCAAGUGGCAGAUAUGACACUUCCUGUCAACCCAAAUUCCCUGAAAUCCUCAAGAAAAUAUUCUAUCUACAGAACUGUAAGUGAACCGUUCCGCCCAUCAACGGCGACGGAAGAAGGACAAGAAUCGGAAGCACAGGAACAUACAGAGAUGGAGGGUCAGGAGGAGGCUUGGGAGAAUCAGGAAGAGGCCGGAACCAGUCAAGCAUCUGGAUCUAACUAUCCAGGCACAUCACAGGAUUAUAACCAGUCAACCAAAGAUGAUAAGUCAGCAACAACAAAAAACAAACAGAACUUGGCGGAAGGCGAUUCAGUAGAGCAUGGUGAUGAUGAGGAAUACCCACAACGAGAGUGGUCAUCAGUCGAAGAGGGUCAAAAUUUGCCCUCCGUGGUGGAUGGAACAGAAUUGGUAGCAGUGAUGGACCCUGACAAUUAUGAUGAAGAAGAUGAAGAAGAAGAGAGGAGGAAAAAGGAGGAAGAGCAAAGAAUUGAGGAGGAAGAUCAGCAACACGAUCCUUCUUACAUUGUGUAUGACUACCAGGGCUCCGACUACCACAUUGACAUGGAUGUUAAAGUCAUGUGCAGGAUCUGGGUGGAGAGGAAGAAUCUAAUGAAGGAACUGAAGGAGAGAGGCUUUAAAGAAAAUUUACAGUUAGAGCAGACGGUUUCUGAGAGACUUUUCUAUGAAGUUCAUGGUCCAAUGAGAAGGCCCGUCACAGAGUUCCGAUGUGUGAUGCGGUCCAUCAUGACAGAGAAUGGAGCCUCUGUGCUGAUAGACUGCAUGGCCGACACCAGACAGAAAGAGUAUGAUUGCAUCUAUCAUUACAUGAAGAAAUUUGCUACCAAAGCUGUGGAAAAAUUCUUCUAUGCCUGAAUACAAUGAACAUGAAUAAUGUAUGCAGAAACAGAAUCUGACAGAAUAAGUUUUCAACCAAUUUUGUUUUCCUUUUUUAAAGUUUUUGUCUUACUGUUUUAACAUUUUAGUAAUAAUUGUUUGACAUGAAUUCAUGUUUUUGUAAUUUGAAUAUGCAGAUGUUUAAGUUACAUGUAUUUAGAGAAAAUUCAGAUAUGCUUGUUACUUAAGCUAGGAACAAUUGUAUAUAAGUGUAUUUGGUUGAUAUUGUAUUCUGGUAUAAUGAUUAACCAUGAAAUACUGUACUGUCAUUAUUUCCUUUCUGUUGCACCGUGAGAUAUACAUUUCACUUUGCAAUCAACAGUGCAAGGGAGACAACUGUUAAAAGAACGUUUCCAACUUGAUUUUCAUCGUUUCCUUUGUAUUUGAAGUAAUUUAGAAAAAUUAAAAUUGUCUAAUGUCCAGAUUGAUCUUUCCUCUUGUUUUAAUGUUCAUGUAUAAUUAAAAAACAAAAAUUGGA